UUUCGUCAAUCAAAACAUAUUCAUAAACUUGAAGAGAGAAUGGCAUUUACAAUUAAAACUGCUGGAAUGGCUACUUUGUUUACUUCGUUCACAACAGCAGCAGCAUUUGCAGCGAACACAGCGUCACAGAUUCCUGCAAUUCAUGACUUUGGUUUGUUUAUGGCAUUAGUGGUAUCUUUUUGCUGGUUCUAUGUUGUCUUGUUAAUGCCACCAGUACUGACAAUAUGGCAUUUUGCCUUUGAAAAAUGUGAAACUUUUUGUUACCUUCCGUGCACCAAUGAUGUGGUCUCAGGACCAAAUGGCAAUCCAUACCGUAUAUUUUCCACUGGUCAGCAACAACCACAUUCUAUCAAUCAUGGCACUACAUUAGAUGAUGUUCAAAUGCUGGACAUGGAAGACAUCGACACAAAUGACCUCGAUGAUUUCAACAGAAGAAAGCAAUCAUGA